CCCGGCGGACCAAUUUUGGUGGGCCCCGGUUGCCACCCGAAUCUUCCCACCGCCGGUACUCACUCGCCAUGGAGGAAGCGCUCCCCACCGCCGGAGGAGCUCGCCCGCGCCGAGCCCGUAGCCGGCGGAGGCCACGAGGCCGGCGUCUCGCUCGCGCGCUGCAGCCCUGCGUGGCCGGCGGCACUCUCCCGCAUGCUCGCGGAGCUUGGCCGCGCGGCGGGCUCGGCGCAGCCGGCGCCGUCCGCCCACGAGGCCGGCGGCUCGCUCGCGCGCUGCAGCCUCGCAGCCGGCGGUCCUCACCCGCAAGCUGCGGAGCGUGCCCACGCGUCCGGCGCGGCGCGGCCGGCGGCACUCUCCCGCACGCCGGCGGAGCUUGCCCGCGCGGCGGGCUCGGCGCAGCCGGCUGCGUCCGCCCGCGAGGCCGACGGCUCACUCGCGCGCUACAGCCCCACGCGGCCGGCGUCCCUCACCCGCCCGUUGCGGAGCUUGCCCACGCGGCCGGCGCGGCCAGCGGAGCUCGCCGACGCAGCCAGCUCGGCGUGGCACGCAGCGCUCCCCCGCACGCCGGCGGAGCUCGCCGACGCGGCCGGCUCGGAGCUCCCCCGCACGUGGCUGCCGGCAUCUCACGCUGCUCCUACCCAUGGUCGCGGCUGGCCCAAUUCGUUGCAACGGAGCUCGAUUCCACCAUACGGGACUUCGAUUCAAUCGCAGCGGAUGUCGAUUUGAGCUUGAAAUCUUGGCUUUGUCGAUUGAGGUCCAGAGGACCAUGUCUUCACCGCUGCGGCCAUCCACAACCAGCAAGCAAUUCCACCAUUUCUGCGUACUGCUGCUACUCCCAGGCAGCGCUUCCGCCAUGUUCGAGCUGACGACGGACUGGGAGCUCGCCGCUGCCGCCGGCGAGCCGCGGCAGGCAGGCCCAAGCGGGAUGGAGGCCGCUUCGAGGGAGAGGCGAUGGACACUGCUUGUGUUUGCAGAUUGGCAGCGGCAUGGCCACGCUUGCUGGGACUGUACAGAUUGUUUUGAGAGCUGUAAGGUCCAAAUGGCAUUGACUAGAAGAAACCUUACACGUGUACAUCACGCCUGUAAUUUUGAGAAUGCAAUGUACGCGUUGCUGCUUGUGUGUAGAGUUGCCGUUGCAU